AUGCUAUCCCGAAGCUCAGCCCGAGCUCUGAGCUCCCUCUUCUCGACCGCACGCACUCCAGCCAAAGCAUCAACAACAUUCCCAUCGUUGACCCGCGCCGUGACCGCAACGCGCACGACUCGCACUCCUCAGAGAUCCUUUGCUCGAACUUUUCACUGCACACCCGCGUUUCACAAGGGCAUCACCCCAGGCUCAUCGGAUCCCCCUCCCCCAAGCCCUGAAUCCAACGACGUAGCCGGAGUCACGCCUCACGUCGGGGAACCCUCGCCGCUGACGGACGCCCAAUACCAUGAAUACUCAGAGCACUACUUCAAUGUUCUGCUAACGGAGCUAGAGCAGGCGCAUGAAGAAGGAUCAGAGACAGAAGCGGAGUAUAGUGCCGGUGUGCUCAAUGUCACUGUUCCCGGUGUCGGAACGUACGUAGUCAACAAACAGCCGCCGAACAAGCAAAUAUGGCUAAGCUCUCCUAUCUCUGGGCCGAAACGCUUCGAUUGGGUUGUGCAGGGUGACUCGAUGGGGGAGAAGGAGGGCACGAGAGAAUAUGCUGGUGGACAGUGGAUUUACCUUCGGGAUGGCUCGAAUCUCACUACCCUGCUGAACAAGGAGCUCGGGGUGGAGAUUAGUGAGAAUCUCUAUGAGCAGAGCCGGCAAUAG